AGAUCCUCCAAAUGGGUCGUUUGGCUUCCUUCUGUGGUCUCCGCCCUGAACGGCGAAGUGACUCGCUUGACUGGCAAAAAGCCUGCUGAAGCCACCAAAGAAAAGGCCGUUUAUUCAAAAACCUGCGACUUCUUACCACAGACCUGUCGGGGUGAACGAAAAACGGCUCCCCUCUGCGGCGGUUGGAGCCAUCUCUACAAACCCGAUGAGCUUGAAGGCGAAAGGAAAGUGUUCCAUAUCGAAAAACCCAUCAUCAAACCCAAUGAGCCGAUUUUGUAUUAUUUGCAUAAUGGCCACAAACAGGGCUUCGUUCGCGAGGAACUUCUUGUUGUGCCUGCCAACACCGAGCUGCCACUCCACUUAUAG